GUUCUCUUGAGAGGCAGCCAGUUUCUGCAGAAAAGUUGUUCCAGCAUUUAACAUCAUAGAUACCUGAAGUCUCAUGAAAAGAAAAAGCAGGUUUCUCAAUGACUAGCAAAGUUCGUUUAUGAGAUUGGAAAUAACUGUGAUAUCAAGCAUCCGUCUGGAUGCAGAGGUCUUUUCACAGAAGAUAUUCAGCAUUGGUAAACGGAUUUGCGGAUUUGCAUGGGGUAAAAAUGGAGGCAGAAAUAAACUUCGGAAAUUGAAUCUCGGUCCAGGAAUGAUGGCUUCUCAGCUGUAUACACAUGCUUUAAAUAUCCCCCCAAUAGAGAAGAGGAGAUUGUGCAUAAAUGGAACACCAUGGAUUUGGCAUCUCCUAGAAGAAUGUGUCGAGAACGCGUGGGAGUAUUGGAGCGUUGUCAUAGGACUGAUUUCUAUUGUCUGUUUUCUGUUUGCUGCACUACCUCAAAUUUACAUUGCCUGUCAGAAUGGAAGAGUGGAUCAAGCGCUGUCUUUGGGCUUUCUGCUGUGUUGGAUAGCUGGAGACCUUACAAAUUUCGUAGGCUGCUAUUUAACAAAUCAACUGCCAAUUCAGAUUGUCACUGCCAUUUUUUAUGUUAACAUGGAUAUAAUUAUGAUUUCACAAUUUGUCUACUAUAAGCUCAAGAACCAGAAGAUGACAAAAUGCAGCAAAAGCCUGAAGAAUUUCUGCAUAACCUGGAUCAUGGUGUGUAUAGCACUGUGUGUUAUUUUACCCUGUCAGCUGUUACUAAGAAACCAAGACCAGAGUACAGUAAUCGAAGGGAAUAAUAACUCUCUUGAUAUGAUUGAAAUGUCAGGCUUCAUUUGUGGCUAUAUAUCCUGUGUGUUUUACUUGGGAAGUAGAUUUCCUCAGCUGUAUAAAAAUUUCCGAAGAAGAUCAACAGAAGGCACCUCUUACUUGCUGUUUGCAUUAGCCAUGAUGGGAAACUGUACAUAUGGACUGAGCCUUGUUUUGAAGAUGCCAGCUGCUGAAUCCUUCCGGGCCCCCUACUUUUUACACCAUCUUCCAUGGCUCAUUGGGAGCUUUGGAGUUUUAUUUCUAGACAUUUUUAUGACUGUGCAAUUCAUCCUGUAUCGUCAGCACAAGGAAAGACAAGCUGGUUUAGCAGCACUGGAAGUGGAACCAUUACUGGUGAACGAGGCGACUGCCUAGUAUCAGGCUGGAUUCGGCUCCUGUUUUCAUUGGAUUUUGCUCUUGGAUGACUUUGACAAACAGUUAAGAUUGCAGUUGCUUAGGGACCAAAUUUAUUACUUAUUUUUUAUUAUUUAUUUUGUUAUUAAUUUGUCAUUACUUAUUUGCAAAUGACAUGCCAAUAAUAAAAUAUUUAAUAUUUACUGUGUUGUUUCAGGAUAGAUACAAUUUUUUUUUCCUGAUUUUUUCCCAUUUUAGCUCUUUCUCCCCAAAGUGUGAUAUGGAGUCACAGCACUAGGUGCUGUAGAAAUAUUUAUUUGACAUCAUGAUGCAGUGCAUAUCGUAGGAUGACUAUUUAUUUUUAGAUGAACAUGUACAUCUAGUUAACGGUAGUGUGGCUGGUUUAAAAACAAUGGACGAGAUUACCCCUGUGCCUUGAACCCAUCCUGGAGUUACAGACUGCUCAGUCCUAUUGCACUGUAUGUCAGAUUUGGCCUUUUUUAUUCACACUCAAUUUUGUAUGCAUCAGAAGAAAAAACAUCCUAUAAUUAAGUAACCUCAGAGCAGGGCAUCUGUUACUGAAGCAAAAGCAGAAUCCUGGUGUAAGUUGGUGGGAGCCUCAUGUACAGCUCAUUGCAGAGUAUCACUAUGCAUUUUAUUUUUAAGAGUUAAAGCAUUUAUACAUCAAUACCUGUGUGUUCCAAGGAAUACAAUUACUGUAUGUCAUCAUAUACCCCAUAUAAUCUUUUUGUACAGCAUGCAUUUUCUUUGCAAGCUUCUGGUGUUUUAAGAAAAUAAAAAAAAAAAAAAAAAUUAGAAGCUAAGGAGACUGACCUUUGCAAUUGCGGAUUUUUUGCAAUACUGUUGUGUUUGAAGAAAACUUUAAUAAAAUUACCUCAAAGAAUAAAGUUGUUAAUAUUUCAU